AAUGCAAUUAUGGCAUCACGAACGUCAGAAUACACCAUUGGUGGUGUAAAAAUUCUCUUCCCUUGUAAGGCUUAUCCAUCGCAACUUGCUAUGAUGAAUGCAAUUGUGAAGGGGUUGAGCUCCAAGCAACACUGCCUGCUAGAGAGUCCCACUGGAAGUGGGAAAAGCUUGGCGCUGCUCUGUUCUGCACUGGCCUGGCAGCAGUCACUCUAUGAAAAACCACUGGAUGACUUGUGCUCAAAAGAAUGCAAGAAGACCGAGGCUUUGAAACUCUGCCGAUGCCCAUGCCAUGCCAAUAAAUUGUCCAGUCAGGAUCCAGAAGGAGGCUGCCAAACCACAUCAUCUUUCUUCCCCAGCCAUGCAACAGAGACCUCAUCAGGCGGUGGAAGUAGCUCAACCAGCAAAGAAAGCGUCUCACGCAUUACGUUGGCUUCAAAACUGUCUGCCAAACACCAAGCCUCAUUCCACGAAGAAGAUGACAGUGACAACGAUUUUAAAGUGGAAAGGAAGAGGAUCCGUCCACUCGAAACGGAGCAGCAGGCGAGAAAACGACACCGGCUGACCUCAGGAACCCAACUAACGGAUGCUUCAGAAGUUCAUGAGCAGCGAAAAAAUGGGGAAUUGACAGUGACUCUCGGAAAAACUGAGCCUCCCUCACGUAAAACAGUAAGUCCUUCCAGUCCCUGCAUGACGUGUUCCUGCUCCGCCAUCGAGCAAAACGCCCCAAAGGCUGCUGAGGCCAAGAAGGAGAAUGGAGGGAAGUCCCCCAUCCCCAAAAUAUUUUUUGGCACCCGAACUCACAAGCAAAUAGCUCAGAUUGUGAAGGAGCUGCACAGGACGGGCUACUCAAGCGUCCGCAUGACCAUUCUGUCAAGUAGGGAGCAUUCCUGCGUCCAUCCGAGGAUCUCCCGAGGCAGCAACAAGAAUGAAAAAUGCGCUGAGUUGCUGGAAGGAAAAGAGGGCGUGUCUUGUUCCUUUUAUCAUGGAGCCCACAGGCUUACGGAGCAUCUCUCCAUACCGUCUGCAGAUAAAAAACAUCAGACUUGGGAUUUAGAAGAGCUGGUGAGCUUGGGAAAGAAAUUCCGAUCCUGCGCCUACUUUGCAGCACGUGAGCUCAUGGUGUGCGCCGAGAUUGUGUUCUGCCCUUACAACUACCUGUUGGACUCCCAGAUAAGACAAAGUAUGGAAAUUGAGUUGAAAGACCAGGUGCUGAUUUUAGAUGAAGCUCACAAUAUCGAGGACUGUGCCCGAGAGUCGGCCAGCUACAGUGUGACGGAAGAACAGCUCAAGUUGGCUCGAGAGGAGCUGGACGCUAUGGUGAACAACCACAUUAGACCGAACGACCACCAGCCUUUGCGUGCUGUGUGCUACAGUCUGACAAAUUGGUUAAGGGGCGCCUGCAGUCAGCUGAUCCAGAGCGGUUACGAGACCUCAAGUAAAGUCUGGAGCGGAAGUCAAAUGGUGACCAAUUUCCACGAAAUGGGAAUAACGGAUGCAUCGUUUCCCAUUUUACAGAAACAUCUUCACGCUGUGCUCGAAAAAGAAGAAAAGUUCCCUGGGUUAGAAAAUACAGUUUCCGUUCCAGUUAUAAGUCCUUCAACUCAAGUUAUCCUGAAAGGUCUAUUUAUGGUCAUCCACUACCUGUUCAAAGGAAAUCACAGGUUUGCUGACGAUUACCGAAUUGCCCUGCAGCAAACUUUCACCUGGAUGAAUGAAAAUCCACCUGACGCUCCGGAUAAGAAUGGUUUCUUGGUCUGUACCCGGAAAAAAAUGCGACACAAAACGGCCGUAAACAGCCUCAAUUUCUGGUGCUUGAAUCCAGCAGUGGCCUUUUCCGAUUUAAGCAGCGUGGUCCGAUCCAUCGUUUUAACCUCAGGGACGCUUUCUCCCAUGGAUUCCUUUUCCUCCGAGCUUGGGGUGAACUUCUCCAUUCAGCUUGAAGCCAACCAUGUCAUUAGAAAUUCACAGGUCUGGGUUGGUACCAUUGGAGCCGGCCCGAAACACCGGCAGUUACGGGCAACUUUCCAACAUACAGAAACCUUUGAGUUUCAAGAUGAAGUCGGCGAGCUCUUGCUAUCAGUCUGUCAGACGGUGCGACGUGGGGUGCUGUGCUUUCUGCCCUCUUACAAGAUGUUAGAUAAACUGAAGGAUCGCUGGCUGCACACGAGCUUGUGGGAGAAGCUUGAGCUGAUUAAAACCGUCAUCGUGGAACCCAAAGGAGGCGACAAAGCUGAUUUUGAUGAGCUACUUCAAAUAUACUCCGAUGCCAUCAAGUCUCAGAACGGCAAAGAUGGUGCGCUGCUUAUUGCUGUGUGCAGAGGCAAAGUCAGCGAAGGCCUGGACUUCUCCGAUGACAACGCCCGUGCGGUCCUCACCAUUGGGAUUCCGUUUCCAAACUGGAAGGAUCUUCAGGUGGAACUGAAAAGGAAAUACAACGAUCAACACUCAAAAGCCAGGGGACUUCUGACAGGAAGCCAAUGGUAUGAAAUCCAGGCCUACAGAGCUCUGAACCAAGCCCUCGGCAGAUGCAUUCGCCACCGAAGCGAUUGGGGAGCACUUAUUUUAGUCGACGACCGUUUUGGAAAGAGCCCCAAUAAAUACACAGCCGCCUCCCCAGGUUCACCUUUCUCCACAGAGCAAAAUAAAUUUACAGACUCCAGCCCCCUGGGUUCCCCCGCUGACGGCAGGAGGAAGAGAGCGAACGGUCAGUUCUCUGCUGGCAGCAUAGAAAGUUACUUCACUAAAAUGCCAGAUUCAAUACCAGCAGGAAGGAAGAAUUACGUCUUCAAGGCUACUGGCCAAACUGAAAGAGCAGUAGAGAAAGACGGCCCCUCUGUUCCUUAUGGACCCCAGGAAAAUAAUUUGUGGGUCCAAAAAGACCAACCAAUAAGACAGUUGCCAGAUGGCAAAAUGAUCAAUGGUUCUCCAAGAACCUUGAUGACUGAGAAAUGUCCCCAUGAAAGGCAGCACACCGGACAUAAAGAUGUGGAGAAAGUGGUGUCUUCUCCAAGGAGAACAAAUGUGGAACUGUCCAAGUCAGACCCAGGCAUCGAAACUGAUGCUGGAAAUGACAGACUCUGUUUUACACCUGAACUGUAUGAUGAUGAUGAUGAAGAAGAGGUGGUGGAAGAGAAGAACGAAGGCUCGAUUUCCAAUUACAAUAGUACUUUGACGUCCUCUGAAACCGCAAACACCCCCGUUCUGGUGGAAGAACUUUGUCCAUCCAGCGCUCAAAAACUAGGAGAUGCCACCUCCAGGUUUAAAGUUGAAGCAGGAGUGGGCGCAGAGCGGUCGGGGAUCACGGAGAACAGCCGGAAUAACAGAAGCGCUGUUGAGGAAGCUGGGAAUAAGGUUGGCAUUGAGGAAACUGAGCCAGAGGCGAAGGGAAAGGAAAACCAGCUUCCUGGAUCUCAAAGCAAAGGGCUGAAAGUACAGAGAAGGUAUAAACGAAGAGCCAGGAAGCCAUCUAAUAACAGAGAGGCACACCAGCAACAGGUAACCAAAGGAGGAAUUAGAUUCUGGGAACGCUGACAUCCCCAAGGUGACAUCUUGACAAGAAACGGAGUCUUUCAGUCAUGCUGAUUUGUGAAAUGUGGACAAUAUCCCAGUAAUAUUUAAGUGUUGGAAACAAGUUUUUCUUUUUUCAACAACAGCGUACAGCAAGGAAGGGGAACCUGCCAUUGCUACACCCAUUAGUGAUUACUUCCCUCUGGAUUCUUUCAUUGUAGAACAGUCAUUUAUUCCUGGUUCCAAAAUGGUGCCCUUGCAACGCAGGGAAGAAUUUCCUCAUUGGCUUUUCCUGCAAGGAUUGAAGUUGUCACCUUAUACUGUAUUUCCCUCCAAAAUAAGUCCGAGUCUUAUAUUAAAUUUUCCUCCAAGACACACUAGGGCUUAUUUUCUGGUUAGGUCUUAUUUUCAGGGAAAUGCAGUCCUAAAUGCAUCUGGCUGAUAAUCAUAACGGACUUAUUUUUGGCGUAGGGCUUAUAUUACAAGCAUCCUGAAAAAUCAUGCUAAGGCUUAUUUUCUAGUAGGGUCUUAUUUCCAGGAAAACAGGUAGAAGUGAGCAGAGAAUGGCAUGGGAGGACAUAAGUAAAGGCAAGAACUCGGAUUCUUCCUGGAUUUCACCCCCAUUCUCAAAGUUUGACCCACGUUCAUUGUGAAGCAACCUGGGAUCUAUAGCUUCCUAAGGACAUCCACACAGAUGUCCAACCUUGACAACUUUUUAAGAUUUGUGUGGCCUUCAACUCCCAGAAUUCCAUUCUGGC